UUGUAGAGAAACUCCGACCGUCCAUGUCUUCCCCACAAAUAUCCACCCGCUGACAAACUUAUUGACAGCGAUGUCGAGAGAAAACACCACUCGAAGUCUGGACAGUAUAGACCUCGCUGCUUUGAGAGAUCCAGCAGGUAUCUUUGAGUUGGUGGAAGUGGUUGGCAAUGGAACCUACGGUCAGGUGUACAAGGGUCGUCAUGUCAAGACGGGCCAACUGGCAGCUAUCAAAGUCAUGGAAGUUACAGAGGAGGAAGAAGAGGAGAUAAAACUGGAGAUCAACAUGUUGAAGAGCUAUUCCCACCAUAGAAACAUUGCUACUUAUUAUGGAGCUUUUAUUAAGAAAGGUCCUGCUGGACAGGACCACCAACUCUGGUUGGUGAUGGAGUACUGUGGAGCUGGCUCUGUGACAGACUUGGUGAAGAAGACGAAGGGGAACUGUCUUAAGGAGGACUGGAUAGCUUACAUCUGCAGAGAGGUGCUCAGGGGUCUUUCCCAUCUUCACUCCCAUCAUGUGAUUCACAGAGACAUUAAGGGACAAAAUGUUUUGCUCACGGAGAAUGCUGAAGUCAAGCUGGUUGACUUUGGAGUAUCGGCACAGCUGGAUAAGACGAUCGGUCGAAGGAACACCUUCAUUGGUACUCCUUAUUGGAUGGCUCCGGAGGUCAUCGCAUGUGACGAGAACCCGGAGGCUACAUAUGACUACAGGAGUGACCUCUGGUCUUUAGGAAUCACUGCAUUAGAGAUGGCUGAAGGAGCCCCUCCCCUGUGUGACAUGCAUCCAAUGAGAGCACUGUUUUUGAUUCCCCGGAACCCUCCACCCAAACUUAAAUCAAAGAAAUGGUCAAAGCGUUUCUUGUCGUUUGUUGAUCGUUGUCUGGUCAAGAACCAUCUGCAUCGACCAGCUACCGACGCCCUGCUGAGACACGCUUUCAUCAGAGAUCUGGCUAAUGAGAGACAAGUUCGCAUCAUGCUCAAAGAUCACCUGGAUAGAACCAGGAAGAAGAGGGAGAAAGAGGGUCCAGAGUAUGAGUACAGUGGCAGUGAGGAAGAGGAGGACGAGGUGGCAGAAGAGGAAGGAGAACCCAGCUCCAUAGUGAAUGUUCCUGGCGAGUGGACGUUAAGGCGGGAGUUUCUUCGUUUGCAGACAGAAGAUCGUGAGGGGGGCAGAGAGGGAGGCCACGGAGGAGGCGGGGCUCAACAAAGACAACAGGCAUUGCAGCAGCACAGGCAGCAGCUGGCAGAGCAGGAACGAUACAAGCAGCAGUUACUGGCUGACAGACAGAAGAGGAUCCAACAGCAACAUGAGCAACGGCAGAAGUUAGAGGAUCAGCAGAGACGGCAACUGACGGACUGCGCCUUUCAGUGGGCGGAGCUUCAGGAGAUCUUGCUAGGGGAGGAGUCCGAUCUCCAUGACAACAGGAUCUUUCUGGAUGAGAGAAACAGGAGGAGUGAGAGGAGACAGGACCACGCAGGCAGACAGCGGACUGCCGAUGUGUCAGUAAGGCCUCUGGACUCCGCUGCAGAGCAGAGAGCCGUGGCUCCAAACCAGCUGCUUCAGCACAAGGCCCAGCUCUCCCAGCCUCAGCUACAACCGCAGGCCAAGCCCCAGCCUCUGGCUCAGCAUCAGCAGCCCUCAGCGGGCAGGCGAUCCCACCGCACCCUGCCCAAGGACCAAACCCAGCUCCUGUCGCUGCAGCACGACCACAGACACAGGGAGAGAGAGAGGGAGAGAGACAGGCAGAGGCAGAGAGAAAAGUCUGUGGCAGCUGUCCAGAAGCUAACAGCUAAUAGUGGGAGCACAGCUGCCGCUGCUGCUUCCUCGCCCAGCCGCCCAGCAAACAGCCAGCGCUCAGCGAUGGACUUCCAAGACUCAGACCUGGCCAGGCUGCUUGUGGCUGCUGGUGUGCCCAGCCAGGUGCACUCCAGGCUGGGCUCUGGGAGCAGCUCUAGUCCUUGUACUCCAGCCAUGCAGAGAGCUCACCUCAACCAGAAUGCCAAUCUGCGCUCUAGUCGAGACGCCCCUCACAGCAGCUCCAUGUCAGAUAUGGCCAUCUCCCCCUUGUCCCCGUUUUGCCCCCUGUCCCCAAUGGAUGAUGUCUUCUGGGACUCCGUUGAGACGCCACCUAAGGUCCCAGAGCGCACUACCUCCAAGUUCUACUGUCGAGAGCUGGGAAUGGGACACAAGAGGGCCGCUUCAAGUGGCAGUCCAGUGUCUGUAGCAGAUAAGGGUGGACGGUUUAUGUGUCAUGGAGUCUCCCCCACCAGCAGCAACCAUCCAGGUUACUUCAAACUGGAGAGUCCUCUUCUGCAGCAGCGUCUACAGCAGCAAAGAAAGGCGCAAGAAAACAUAACGAGUGGACACACACAGGGUGUGCGGCCUGCUCUGGGUCGGCUUAACAAAGCCACAGAAUACUCCUCGUCCAGCGACGAGGUCGGCAGCAGUGACGAUGAAGAGAGAAACAGGUCUGGCCUGUCCAAUGGAAAGGGGAAAUACUACAGAGGAAUACCUGAUGGCAUCGUACUGCAGCCUCACCACAAUCUUAACCAGAUUUCUCGGAUAGGUUCAGAUGAUACCUACCUGCUACCAGACCUCCUGCAGAAAACCUCCUCCUCCAGUCCUACCCACAAUGCACUGAGCCAGCAGCAGCGAACGUGUGAACUCAACUACUCACAGUCGCCCACAACCCCUCGAUCCCCCACACUCCAGGAACUACAUGCUGUCAGCAGUCCUACUGGUAAAAACACCUCCUCAUCUUCCUCUUCCUCCUUCCUGUCCUUCAUUGAUCCAAGAUUGAUCCCCAUAUCAUCACCACCACAGAGCCCAACGGGCAGUAAGGGUGAGCAAAUCAAGAGAGAGAACCACAGGAAGGGCUCUGUGGUGAAUGUAAACCCAACUAACAUUCGACCACAGAGCGACACUCCAGAGAUCCGCAAGUACAAGAAGAAAUUCAACACCGAGGUUCUCUGUGCUGGACUGUGGGGUGUGAACCUGUUGGUGGGGACAGAGAAUGGCCUGUGGCUGCUGGAUCGAAGCGGUCAGGGGAAGGUCUACUCCCUCAUCAGCAGGCGAAGGUUUCAGCAGAUGGAUGUGUUGGAGGGGCUCAAUGUCCUGAUCACCAUAUCAGGUAAAAAGAACAAGCUUCGUCUGUACUACCUGUCCUGGUUAAGGAAUAAAAUCCUACACAACGACCCAGAGGUGGAGAAGAGACAGGGCUGGACCUCAGUAGGUGACCUGGAGGGCUGUGUACACUAUAAAGUUGUGCGUUAUGAGAAGAUAAAGUUCUUGGUGAUUGCUUUGAAGAAUGCUGUGGAGGUGUACGCCUGGGCCCCAAAACCAUACCACAAAUUCAUGGCUUUCAAGUCAUUCAGGUCUCUGCCUCAAAAACCGCUCUCUGUUGACCUGACAGUGGAGGAAGGUCAGAGGUUAAAGGUCAUCUACGGCUCCUUGUCCGGGUUCCACGCCAUUGAUGUCGACUCUGGAACACCGUACGACCUCUACCUGCCUACACAUAUCCAGGGUUCCAUUCAUCCCCAUGCCAUCAUCAUUUUGCCGAACAGCGCUGGAACAGAGGUUCUGGUUUGCUAUGAAGACGAAGGCGUCUACAUUGACACCUAUGGCCGCAUCACCAAGGAUACAGUGCUGCAGUGGGGGGAGAUGCCUGCAUCAGUCGCCUACCUUCAGUCUAACCAGGUGAUGGGUUGGGGAGAAAAGGCCAUAGAGCUGAGGUCAGCCAACACAGGGAACCUGGAGGGAGUUUUCAUGCACAAAAAGGCCCAGAAGCUCAAGUUCCUGUGUGAAAGGAACGACAAGGUCUUCUUUGCCUCAGUGCAGUCAGGAGGCAGCAGUCAGAUUUACUUCAUGACUCUUGGACAGAACUCGCUGUUCAGCUGGUAACAACUCGACCUGUUAUUCUGGGAUCAACUGGUGGGGUCUGCCCUCAUUGUUCUGGCCCGGAUGCCGUUUUAUGUUCGUGCUGACUGACGUUCAUCUCCGUGGAUAGUGGACACCAUUAAAGAAUCAGCUUUCUUUCAGCCAGUUUCAGUGUAAAUGCGCACGGAUUCACAGUUGAGGCGAUCAUAACUCCAGCUGCUGCAGAGGUGCAUGAAUCCAUCACUCCUUCCUUGAAUACUGACGCCUGAAUCAUCCCUCCUGCAGCUGCAGCGACACACAAAUCCGGACCUGAAGUUCAGCGAAAAAGAGCUGUAGUUGACUGCCACCGCGCCCGUGCACGGAGGCGUGAAAAGGUACAACUAGCAGUGUCAGCAUCUGUACUGUGAACAGCACAGCGAGCGAGUGACCUGGAGUCUUUCCCAGUAGGAUUCAGCCUGAAAACCAUCACUGCACCAGUGUGGCAGCAAGCAAAGCCCUUUUUGUGUCCUGGUGUAUCCACAUCUACCUGGAAGCAAACCGAUGCUUGAUUCAGUUGGUUGUGUUGUGAUUCCUAAUGAACGCAGACCAUCGGUCAACACCUGGCCUCAGCAUCCUGUCCCUCCUCUCGUCUGUCAGCUCUGGAGACCACAGCAGUCCAUUCACUUUGCUCGUCUCUCCAGGAUCGCUUAUCCAUCCUUUUCUCUCUCUAAAGGACUCUGUUGUAUCAGCUUAUCAUGUGUAUAUCACUUAUUCACUCAUAUGUGCUUUGACAAUGCCUGGCUGUGGUGUGUUGCUGGAUCACCUGCUUCCUUUCAUCUGACGCAGUCAAGUCUUCAUAUGUGGAUAAUUAUUGUCAGAGUACAGACCAGGGGAGUAAUGCUUCCUUCUCAUCCGUCUGGUUUGUCUUCAUGCAAGCACAAUAUGUGUUUAAAAAGGAGUGAAGCUAGAAGAUCUGAAGUCCGUCAUCAAGCUCAUUUGAUCCAUGGACAUCAUCUGGGCAUUUCUAAGACAGGUUUGGGGCCAAAAUGUGGACUAAGUAGGACAACUACUGGAAUCUAGUCCACAUUUUGGUGCUGUCGCUUGCCAUUUUUUCCUAAUGAUUUUCUUUAAUCACUUUCCAGAUCCACGGUCCAUCUGUGUUGUCUGCCUCCAGUACCUCAGCAGUGUUAUUUACGAGCCUUCAGCCCUGUUUCGUUUUCUUUGUCACUGCUGUUUGCAAAUAUCAAGGGGCCAAAACACAUCAGUUAGUUACUGUUCUGAAACUUUAUUUUGUUGAUAUCCGUAUAGCAUUAUUACACAGUAUUAUAUUAGGCACUAGCAAACGAUAUAUGUUUGAGAGAAGGGUAACAUCAGUUAUUUUUAACUGUAUCCUUAGCUGUAAAAUAAACCACCCAUGCAAACCUUAUAAUGAGGCCAAAUGUCAGAAUCGAAUUACUGCCAUGAAGACAGUUCAUUAACUUAAAACUGUUCAUUAAAUCAUUCUGUCCCUAAUUAUGAGCUGGAAGUCAACUUUGCUCUCUGCGUAGCCUGAAAUCAGUCGACAAUUAGACAAAAAUGAUCUCUUGGGAUAGUUGCACACAUUGAAAUGAGUUGCGAGGGUUUGAGCACCCCACCAGGCCUCUGAGGUCCCCGUUUGAGCAUUCACUCCACCACAGAUCCGGACCAUGUCGUUUUAGUCUUAAUGUUCCAUAAUAAGGACCUUAAAGCCUUGUACUUUACUGCAGGAAUUGCAGUAAGACUGAUGUUCACAAGUAGAGAUACAAAGCGCUCCACAGUAACAGGCUAAGAAGGAUUUUCUGCAUCUGUUUUGUACAGCGUCGGAUGUAUAUAAUCAGUAAGAUGCACUGUUUUCUAAAUAUUUUCUAAUUGCCAAGCCAUCUUUAUGUGUGUGUACAGAAUGAAACGCUCCUGAAUGUGAAAUUCCAUCCCAGAACAAAGGUCGUACAUGUUGUUUGCGCCAUCUUUGAAAGCUCAGUGUUUGAACUUGAAGGCUCCUGUUCAGGUUUACCGACCUGGUUCAAGUGUUGAUCAAAGAACAGCAUGCCAUGUGAAUCCUGUUUUGUGGUGGACUUUCUGCUAACGUGUAUGAGUCAGGCUCUUUGCACAGUGGCCGGCUUGUACAUGCUCUCUGUAAUAUAUCCUCCUUUGAACAGACUUUUUUGGUUCGAAGUGAGAACAUUUAAAGCCAUUCUGUAGUCAGCGUUGAAGAUAUAACUGAUGAGCGGUUUGUCUCACACUACCCAACAUGGGAUGCACAUGUUUUUGAUGGGUCACCUGGAUAAAGGGUUUCUUCGUUGAGCCUGGAUCUGAUGAGGUGCAGUGAGCUGGGCUGAGGAAGGCGGAGAUGUCCUGUUGUAUAGUUCUGUUCUCCUUCAUAGUUUUGUCAUUUACACAAUGAGCUUCAAAGCAAGAAACCAAAGAAAAAGGCUUUGAUAUAUUCUUUGAAUCUGACUGUGUAAGAUGUUUCACAGAUAAUAACUGACUAUUUCAUUCAGAAUGAUGAUGAAAAACUUACAGAGCUGGUUGUAUAUUAUUAUGUUCUAUAUAAAAGAUGCCAACUAGACCAACACAUCAGACACACAGAGGCCUGACAGCCUCCCAGGAAUGAUGUGUCUCAGUAAACCGCAGCAGAGCGUAUGCAGCUGAAUGUUGCUGGCGUUCGGAUAUUUAAUAGCUUCCACGUAUGCUUUAGACAGUGCAGGGUUCGGUAGAAGUGAAGAAAUAAUUGGUUUUUACCUCCAAAUGUGAAUUUGCAAUUUGUCUUCUUUCUGAUCCAGUUUCAUUCUACCAGUUUGUCUUUUCCGUCAUCAGAUUUUGCUCAAACUAAUAGCUUGGUUACGUUUUGUGUGACAUUAUUCUCUAUAUGGUAUUUACUCUUGAAUGUUCAGGCUAUCAAAAAUUGCGCCAAAUGUUUUAUAGUAUUCAGUGAUACUUUGAGUUUUAGUUUUUAUAAUGGACCUGAUAGAAAUAAUGCAGCUGGUUCUGUGAGAAUAUUUUAAACUGGAAAAUUAAUGUUCUGAUAAUGACUCUUACUGCAGUGUUUUUUGCCAAAUUUCUUACAGUAUUCGUUGGGGAUAAAUAUCGUUCAUUCUUGAGACACCAGACCAGAUAGCUAGUUAACAUGGCUGCAGUGCCUGGAAAUACAGGACUGUAAACGAACAGGAGAACAGACUUGUUAGCUAACGUGGGAUAGAAAGUGUCUUGGCUAGCAGCAGCAGAAUGUGUCACUUUUUGUCUCUGUACAGUUUGCACAUAAGACAAAAAUGACACAACACAUACAAACUGUGUUUUAAGACAUGAAGCAUUUUCAUAGACUACACAUUUUCAACACUGGAGAUGCAUUUGUUCCUUAGAUGCAGCUGACAGAUGUUGACAUCAGUGCAUUCAGAUGCAGUGUAGACGUGAAUGUUAUGUCUCGGAGCAGUCGUGCUUACAAUCGGGCUCAGUGUUGGUGAGGUCUGGUCGGCUGUCAAAAUCGAGGCCGACGCAGCGCCGGCAGGGUUGGCCAGGAUCCUGAGCAAGAUCCUGGCCAUCGGAGUCCAGACAGGUCAGGAAACCAGAUGGUCCUGAAGUACCACAGAGCCUGCAGCAUGUGUUCAGCUCUCACUUAGAUUUCCAUGGACGAUGUACAGCAUGCACACACCACUAUCCAACAUGCUCUGUUUUACAUUCCUGGUUAUCAGCAGUACACAUGGUGCCAGUAAGCACAAGUUAACACAUUAGUCCCUUCAUUAAUCAGCCUUGGACUGGUCCGUUUGAUUGAUUUCUGAUUUUUGAAUUCUUCCAUCAGAAAACAAAGUCUGAAAUUGUAAGAAUGUUGUUACAGUUUGUUUUCAUGUCCCCACUUUUGAAAGCAAUAAUGUAAAUGUUUUAGUACCACUCAUUUGCCAUCGUUAUGCAAUUCCCACGACAGAUUUUAGCAGAUGAGCUGUAAUUUGUUAAAUGUAUGAAUUUGACCUUGUCGUUACUGACAGUACAUGGAAGUAUGUCAAUAUUGAAAAACAGGUUGUCACGUUUUUAGCUCAGUGCAAAGGUUAUGAGGACAUUUUAUCUUAUUUUCUCUGCAUUGUUUUUCUUAAAAUCCAUCACUCCUAAUGUGCCGAUUCUCUGCAUCAUUCUUCAUCCUGCUCUAACAAGCGACGUACGAGUCAGUUCAGCCUACAGGCUGUGGAGAGCUGUGGCACCUGUUGAUGUGUUGUGUAUCUGUGCUAAUCUGUUCGUCAUCUGAAGCUGGAGUCCAGAGACACACUGUAUGUUUUAUGGGGUUGUUAGAAACACACUCCUGUGUCCUCUGCUGCACUUUGUCUUCUUGUGCUGAGCAUUUGACUGGAGCUGUUGGCUGCUAAUGAGAGGGAGAUCAGUGCACUUCCACCCACACCUUCCCCUGCUUAAGAAGAUGAUAGAUGCUGUUUCAGGCCCGCGGUGACUCACAUCUCCAACUCCCCCACCAACUCUUUUCCUCUCACUUUGUCAACACGUCUCCUCUCAGUGCCGCCUUUCAUUCCCUCUGCGUCUGUUGCUCGACUCACUCUUCUACCCGUCUGUCUUGCUCUCGCUAACAUCUUUUACUGUUCUCCAGCUCUUUGUGCUGGUCUUGUUCUCUCUGUAAAUCUCUCCUCUCUCUUCUUGUGUCAGGUGGCUCCGUCCAUCCCCAGUCUCUUGAAGGACUCUUCAGCCAAUUCAGGAAAACUUUUAUUUUUGUUUGUUUCAUUUCUGAACUGCUGCUCAUCUGACUCUUUCUUUUGAGACAGAACAUAAACAAACUAUAUCGCAUCAAAUACUUUUGCAUAUUUUACCAACUUAAAAGUACCAAGAGUCUUGGAAAGAGGCCGCAGAAUUGGCCCAACACUGUUUUUGCCGUUUGGUGAAGUCGGAUGAAGCACAAUGCAGAGAAACGUUUACGCUUAUUAAUUCAACUUUAAAAUUGUCAGAGGAAGAACAUGCUCGUUCUUCUUUCACAGGUGAAAUAGCUUUGCUUUGAGCUCUGCGACUGUUAUUUCGCAGCCUCUGUAUAAGCACGAGCCUGUGGAUGAGCUCGGCAGUCCGAAAAGACAGUGUGUUUGUGUGGGAGGGUGAGAUGUAGAACGGGAGCGUUGAAGAAGCAGGAAGUGGGUCUGCAAGCGAAGGAAGGAGUUAGAGGACGUAGUUGGUGGCUCGAGUCAAGUGUCAGGUAAUAUAAGGAAUGUGGAUGUUGCUUUUAGGUUUUUUAAGUUUAAAGAGGCUCUCGCUUAUUUAUUUUUUUUUUUUCCGAGAUGUAGCUUGCAGUGAUCCUUGGUAUCAAAAACGCAGUUUAGGAAAACGGUGGAAAAAACUUGUGAAAACAGAGUCAGUAAUGGGGUCAUCUUUUCAACAGAGGGCGCCAAACUGCACAUGUGUAUUGAGAAUUUCUUGACAAAGAUGAUCAUGGUGAGGAGAAGAAGACGGAGGAAGUGAGGAUGUGAAGGAGAUGGACCAAAAUGAUUUUUAGUCUUAUUUUAGGUCAGGCAAGAUGAAUCUUCCUGAUAGCGCUCACUGUGAAGCACCAACACGAUGAAGUGAUAUGCAGUAUGCUCAACUGGUAUUGUCUGUCGAUGACUGAUAUUUCCCAGAAGUUUAGAUUUAGCCACACAUUAACAAUUACUGUCAGUAUAUUGUGGACUAACUUGAUUACUCAACUGCUUGCAAUAUGGAUUUUUUGAUGUUAUCUGACAAACAGGACAGUCGUGUUCUUAUACUGUAAAUUGUAAAUUCUAAAGAGAAGUUGAGAUUAUAAAAUACCAAAUAUUCUAUAAAUAUAUAUUUAAGAAUGUAUAUUCCCCCUAACCAUGUCUGUAGCAUUAUAAAGUCGAUCCUUUGUGUUACUUUUUGCACUGGACCUAUGUUUGAUGCAUCAUAUACUGUACCCCCCCGCUUUGAGAUGAACACACACUAACUUGUGUUUCUGUGUAAUGAAGCAAAAGACAGCGAGACAACAAUAAAAGUGUUGAAAUGAGA